AACUGAAUCGUCGAAAAAUGCCCACUUACAACAUCGUCGUCUUUGGAGGUGAUCACUGCGGUCCUGAAGUCACCGCCGAGGCGCUGAAGGUGCUCGACGUGAUCGACAACAGCAAUGCCGACGUUCACUUCAACAUUCAACCACACCUGCUCGGUGGCGCCUCGAUCGAUGCCCACGGCGAGCCUCUAACAGACGAAGCACUCGCCGCUGCCAAAGCAGCCGACGCCGUGAUCCUCGGAGCCAUCGGCGGUCCCAAAUGGGGCACGGGCAAAGUCCGUCCAGAGCAAGGCAUCCUGCGCCUCCGCAAAGAAAUGGGCACAUAUGGAAACCUGCGCCCAUGCUUCUUCGCGUCUGAGAGCCUCGUCAAGACUUCUCCAUUGAAGGAGGAAGUCUGCCGCGGCGUCAACUUCAACAUCGUCCGUGAGCUGACAGGUGGCAUCUACUUCGGUGAGCGCACCGAGGACGACGGCUCCGGCUACGCAGUGGACACGGAACCCUACUCGCGCGCUGAGAUCGAGCGUGUGGCACGACUGGCGGGUUUCUUGGCUUUGGCUGAAGACCCGCCGUGUCCGGUCUGGUCGCUCGACAAGGCGAACGUCAUGGCUACAAGCAGACUGUGGCGCAAGACCGUGACGGAUGUGUUUGCCAACGAGUUCCCGCAGUUGAAGAUCGGGCAUCACCUCAUUGAUUCCGCGGCGAUGUUGAUGGUCAAGAACCCGAGAGCGUUGAACGGAGUCAUCGUCACUAGCAAUUUGUUCGGCGAUAUCAUUAGUGACGAGGCGAGCGUCAUUCCAGGAUCGCUGGGUUUGUUGCCCAGUGCGAGUUUGACUGCCUCGCCGGAUGGCAAGAGCAAGUGCAAUGGCAUUUACGAGCCGAUUCACGGCUCUGCACCAGACAUCAGCGGCAAGGGUAUCGUCAACCCCGUCGCCAUGAUCUUGUCUUUGGGCAUGAUGUGCAAGUACUCUCUCCAGCAGCCCGAGCUGGCCAAGAAGAUCGACGAGGCCGUGAGGAACGUGAUUGAGAAGGGUAUCAACACUGCCGAUAUUGGUGGUUCGGCCAAGACUGCCGAGGUGGGUGAUGCUAUUGCGAAGGAGCUCGAGGCCCUGCUGAAGUAAACGGUGCAACUGGGUACUGGGUACACUCGCGUUCGCGGAGUGAUCGGACAAGAGGAUGGCGCAAGGUCAAAACAAAAGUUGUAGAUGAAAGCUUUUCCUGGGUGGAACAUAACUCUCUAUAG